CCUCCCACACUAGGCCUCUGCCUGGGCCCGGUGCCUGCCUGACCAGUCGGUCAGCGGCAUCUCCCCGAGUCCUGCUGCUUCGGCUCCCUCUCUCCCAGAGAUUGGCUAUGCCUGGGAGAAGGAGCUCCUCUCCCCGCUGGGGACGCCAUCUGGGGUGCCUUCCUUCGACCCCGGCCUGCCGGGUCUGGGGGUCCCAGGCCUGCCCAGCCUGGGAGCCAACACGGCCGUCGCCACUACUGUGCCGUGACAUGGCCUUGCAGAAUGCCCUGUACACCGGAGACCUGGCGAGGUUACAGGAGCUAUUUCCCCCACAUAGCACAGCCGACCUGCUGCUGGAGUCCCGGGCCGCCGAGCCUCGCUGGAGCAGCCACCAGAGGGGAAUCUGGUCUCUGACGUACAAAGAGGAGCUGACCACCCCUCUGCACGUGGCCGCCAGCCGGGGCCACACGGAAGUUCUGCAGCUGCUGCUGAGGCGGCGGGCAAGGCCUGACAGCGCCCCUGGGGGCCGCACCGCCCUGCACGAAGCCUGUGCUGCGGGCCACGCUGCCUGUGUCCACAUGCUGCUGGUGGCAGGAGCCGACCCCAACAUCCCCGACCAGGAUGGAAAACUCCCCUUGCACCUCUGCCAGGGAGCCGGCACCCUUGAGUGUGCGGAACUGCUCCUGAGGUUUGGGGCGAAAGUGGAUGGUCGGUCUGAGGAGGAGGAGGAGACCGCUUUGCAUGUGGCCGCGCGGCUGGGCCAUGUGGAGCUGGCAGACCUGCUUCUGAGACGGGGGGCAUGCCCUAAUGCCCGUAAUGCCGAAGGCUGGACCCCACUGCUGGCUGCCUGUGACGUCCGCUGCACGUCCCCGGUCGACGCUGAGGCCACCACCGCCCGCUGCCUCCAGCUCUGCUGUCUGUUGCUCUCAGCCGGAGCUGAUGCUGAUGCUGCUGACCAGGACAAGCGACGGCCCCUGCACCUGGCCUGUCGCCGCGGCCACGCGGCCAUCGUGGAGCUGCUCCUAUCCCACGGCGUUAGCGCCAACGCCAUGGACUAUGGUGGACACACGGCCCUGCACUGUGCUCUGCAGGGCCCAGCUGCGGCCCUGGCCCAGAGCCCAGAGCACAUGGUGCGAGCUUUGCUCAACCACGGUGCUGUCCGUGUCUGGCCUGGGGCCCUCCCCAAGGUGCUGGAGCGCUGGUGUGAGUCUCCGAGAACCAUUGAGGUCCUGAUGAACACCUACAGUAUCAUGCAGCUUCCCGAGGAGGCCAUGGCCCUGGUGCCUCUUGAAAUACUGCAGAAGCACCACCGUUUCUAUUCCUCCCUUUUCGCCUUGGUGAGGCAGCCCAGAUCGCUGCAGCACCUGAGCCGCUGUGCGCUCCGUGCUCACCUGGCCGCCUGCCUGCCCCACGCCCUGCCCCGCCUUCCCCUGCCAUCCCGCCUGCUCCGCUACCUGCAGCUGGAUUUUGAGGACGUGCUCUACUAGAUGUCUGUCCACUGCCUUUUGAGAGACCUGAAAGCAGAUGCCCC